GGGGGGGGCGGCUUAGGUGGCCAUGGGCAACGCGUCCCGCAAGCGCAGCGCUCCCGGCGCCCGGCCCUGGGCCUUCUGGAGCUUCGCCCGCGCCCACCGGGCCAGGACAGGUGCUGCUGCGAAGGCGGAGAAUGAGGAGAAGCGGCUGAGUGUCCAGUACAAGGCCGUAGAAGACCAGCCGGACAACGUGUUCUUCCCCAACAGCCGCCCCCCCCAUCUAGAGGAGCUGCACAUCCAGGCCCAGGCGGGGCUCAAGUCCUUGCAGAACCAAGAGAAACAGAAGAAGACCAGGAAGAUCUGGGACCACAGUGAGACCAGCAGCGUCCAGCAGUCUUCCCAGUCCACAGAGGGUGAUGACAUUUCCAUCCGAAGCCAAGCCUCCUCGUGUGCCACAGAAGAUGCCUCCGAAGACGCCAUGUCUGUCCGCUCCGAGAUGAUCCAGAGAAAAGGCUCCACUUUCCGACCACACGACUCCUUUCUGAAACCAUCCGGGAAGGGAGAAAAGAGGCGGAGGGAGAGGAGGACCACUGUCCUGGGGCUGCCCCAACACGUGCAGCAGGAGCUGGGCCUCAGCAACGGGCGUGACUCUGCAAAACGUCCGGGCAGCAUUGCCAUCAGAGCCGGCCCGAGCCCGCAGCUCCUGGUGAACGGCAGCCAAUUGCCCGGCCCCACCAUCCAGAUCCCCACCGUCGAUGGAAAGCCUGUAGGCACCGCCCUUGCCGAGCAGGGCGCCCGUGUCUCCCUCCAGGCUCUCGAGGCCCACGCUUCCGAGGCUGCCCUCCAGCGGCACAUCAGCCGCCUCUACUAUGAUGACUCGGUGCUGGACCGCAAGACGGCGGCCAAGGCGUCUCCUGUGGCCAGGCCCAAGUCCCUGGCCGUCCCUUGGAUGACCACCCAGCCCAGUUCUCCCGAGCUGCUCAGCCCGGUCAUGUCCAUCUCUCCACAGGGUACCUACCUCUCCAAGAUCAUCCCCAAUGCCAUCUUGCCACCCAUGGUGGACGUCAUUGCUCUGUCCUCCAACCGGGUGCGUACCCUCAGCCGCUGCAGCCUGGCCAGUGCCAGCCCGGCCCUCUCAGUGCGCUCCACCGGUCACUUCCCGGCUGCCCCCCGCAGCCGCGAGCACUCCUCCUCCAGCGACAACUGGAGCCACUCGCAAUCCACAGAGACCAUCGUCUCCAACGCCUCCACCAUCUCCUCCCACGGGGGCCAGGGCGGCCAGAAGGACGAGGCAGGGCUGAGUAGCAGGGACCCCCCCGCAGGCAGGCCUGACCGGCUUGGUCCUUCCAGCCCCGCCACUUCCAGAAAAGCCUGGGCCGCCCCCGCCUCUCCGAGCCUGCUGAGGGGGCAGCCAGGAGGGAGCAGCGGUCGAGCCUCACCCGCUAACAGCACCAGCAGCCUGGCCGAGGGCUCGGACGAUGCCAGUGUGCGCAGUGACCGCUCGUCCACCCGAAGCGUCUCGCUGCGGAAGAGGAAGGCGGCCCCCUUGCCCCCCCGGAGGACCUACUCCUUGCACCAGAAGGCUCAGCAGCUGGAAGCUGAAGGGGCGCCCCGAGGAAUGGGGCUGCCUCCCAAGCCGGAGCGGAGGCCCCAGCGGGAGGGCGCCCAGGGCCCCAGCCAGGCCAGCGAGGAUGACGUUUUCUCCCCCGUCCACCUGGGUGGCACCAGCAGCCUGCCCUGCUCGCCGGACAUCUCUUCCCAGAGCCCAGGGAGGGUCAGCCAACUGCGGGAGCCCAAUGAGGGUGAGGCCCAGGAGCCCGGCUCUCCCCACCGCUUUGGCCGCACCAUGUCUCCAUCGAGUGGCUACUCCAGCCAGAGUGGCACACCCACGCUGCACCCCAAAAGCCCCCUCCCUCACACCGCGUCCCCGGGGAAGAAGAGGCCACAACCGAGGAAGCCGGAGCGUGUCUGCUCCCUGCAGUCCCCGGGACCCUCCCUCUCUUCCUCCUCCCUGACCUCCCUCUCCUCCUCGGCCUCUGACCCUGCGCCCCCCGAAGGGAUGGCCACGCCCACCCCCGGCUGCCCCCAGGCCUCCUCCCCCGCCGCCCCACGUUACGUGGACCGCUUUGUCAUCCCUCCCCACCCGAAGGUCCCGGCCCCCUUCUCCCCACCACCCACUGAGCCAAAGAGCAAGGAAGGGACGGGGGCCACCUUGCCCCCCAGCAGCCAGGCCCCCCUGCAAGCCAGCCCUCUCAUCAAGGAGGCCUCCCCCCCACCCUCCCCUCCGCCGGCCUACCACCCCCCUCCGCCCCCUGUGAAGAAAGCCGAGCCGAGUGCUGGGGACCCCGGAGCUGCCCUGGUUCCCCCCGAGGCCGAGGUGGGGGCUUCCACAGACCCCUUAUGGCUCCCUCCACCCCCACCCCUGAUGGACGAGCAGGACCUGUCCAUGGCCGAUUUCCCUCCCCCAGACGAGGCCUGCUUCCUGCUGCCUCCCCCACCCUUGCAGGCGGAGUCUGGGGAAGCCCCCACUUUGGAGGCGGAGGGUGCAGAGGCCCCUCGAGACCCCCAAACAGCUGCCUCCCCUGCAGGGCAGGAAGACGGAAAGGCUCCCUCUUUCCCCAUCCAGCCCCUGCCGGUCCCAAGCACAGAACCUUCUCCACUUCCCCAAGCCCCCCCAAGCGGAGAGCUGUCCGGUCCACAGCUGGGCUCCAGGCAUCCCAACACCUCCAGCCUGUCUCCCCAGAUUAAGAAGCCACCCACCGGCUCCCAUCCCGACCUCAAGAAGGAGCCUGCCACGCGCAGCAAGGCCGCCUCAGUGCCCAAGGAGGAUGCCAGCCUGCCCAUCGUCACGCCAUCCCUGCUGCAGAUGGUCCGCCUGCGCUCGGUCGACGUGGAGGCCCACGGCCCUGGGGUCAGUCCAGCCGGGGGGUCCACGGCCCCCACGGAGCCCAGCAGAGCAAACGUGGCUGCAGAUGGGAAGACAGCCCCCUCGGCCCCCCAGAAGCCUCUCCGCAAGUCCCUCUCCUUGAGGGGGGGGCAGCCUGCUUCAAGAGAAGGGCUCAACCCCCUGCACGAGGCUGUGCGCCUCAAGGCCUCCACCUUCACCUCCAGGGAAGCCCUGAGUGUCGGAAUGACCGAGAGGAAGACCAGGAGCCGGGCGGCGCUGCCAGGCACCCCGGCCAGCAACGGUCCAGUGUCCCCACUCCACAAGUCCCCCACCUCCACCGCCAGCUUCAUCUUUGCCAAGAGCCCCAGGAAGCUGGUCAUCGAGACGGCACCCUCGUCCGAGGCUCAGGCCAGCCUGCAGAAAAACCUGGUGGCCGAAUUGAUGACCGUCUCCAGCCAGCGAUCCACAGCGGCCCCAGGGCUGCCUCUGCAGGGCUUGGCCAAGGCCCCCAAGGCCCAGAAGAUCCCCCCUCCCAUUGCCAAGAAGCCUUCUCUUGGGCCGGGGCGCAGGCCCUGCCCCCAGAGCCCAAAGCCCUGCGGAGCUGAGGAACCGGCAGUCGAGGAGCGGACUAAGAAGGUGGCCUCUGAAAGCUGGAGCCCUCCCGUGGAGUCUGGCGAUGGGCGCCCCCCAGCCGGGCCUGAAGACCUGGUGCGGAGGAGCCCCAAAGCACAAGAGGCAAAAGAGGAGGAGGGGGUGUGAAGGAGGACCCUGCGAGGUACACGUGCCGGUCGGAUACAGGGCUUAGACAAGAAAAAUAUUCUCAGGGACCUCUGAGGGCCAGAAGAGAAGCUUUCAUGGUGGCACCGAAGAAAACCACCCUCCUGCGUCUCCUGUGGCCUUGAUACUUAUGCAACAGCGGGAUUAGCUUGGGUGCCCUCAGCCAUGCGGUUCUUUCAAACCCAGGGACAAAGGAGCACAUCCCUUUCCACCCUCCCGUCUCUCCUGGGACUCGAACCUUCCGUUGGUCCUGCUUGGUUUGGUGGUGUUGAAUUGCUCCCCCUCCUCCCCGGUUUGGCGUGAGAAAACAGCUUCCGGUAGCAGAAGAGAAGAACAACUCGGGUGUCUGCAGGGAGGAUGGUCAAAACUGAGGCCGCUUGUGGCAGUUGUUCCCCUCUCUCCCCCCUGCCCCCCCCCCCCCGAUGCCUUUGUAAUGGGUUGCGUUGCCUGUGGCCGUUCGGGGUGCAUUUGGGGAGUGAAGAGAAGGGGCUGGGCUUGCACACCCGCGUGGCACGAAAGCCCUUUCUCAGAUCCCAGCGGGGGCUGAGAAGGGACGGCCAUUACGGGAAAUUCCUGCUCAGUCUUCCUGGGUGGUGCCGGGUCCCAGUUUUGCUCUGGACUCCUGUGGGCAGAUUCUGGCUGUUGUAAACCGCUGAUUCCGAGCAGGGGGUGCCUGUACAACCCCCCCCACCCCUUGCCCGCCCCGACUAAAGCACAAACGGCAGCCUAGAAGAUGGUGCAGCCGCCAAAAGUCGUGGAUUUUUGCCAGUCUCUCUUCAUCUGUGCCAUGAGUGCUGCCUGAGGGAAGCCCCCACCCCCACCCCAAUGAGGGGUGGGAGAAUCUCAGAGCUGCCUUGCAAUGGACAGGAGAGGGUAGCAGACACCUGACCCAGCACUGUCAAGGUUUGGCAAGCACUGGCAACUGUCCGGAAUAUACUGUAGCUCUCCACUGCCAAAAGAGCAAAAAAAAAAAAAAAAAACCCACUGAAUUUCGCACCCAAACAUUCCCGUCUCGGGUCACGAGGACAGAGGAUCCAUUGGAAAGCCGGGUGGGGGUGGGGAAACGGCUUCAGGCCAUCCUUCCCUUCUCCCCCCCCCCACCAAGAAAUCCAAGUGAUAAGGCCACGGGGUGCCCCCACUUGUGUUUCAUUGGUGGUGACUUUGCCCCGUAGUUGCUAAUGGGCGCAGAGAUGCAGAGCAAUUGGAUCCGAUCUACCCUCCCUUCUGUGGGGGGCUGGGGCUGGACCUGCAGAGGUGCAGCGGCUCUUGCUAGAAGCUGGGGUGGGGUGGGCAAAUUCCACCCAGACUGGAGGCAGAAACCCUUGGUGGUGUGACUUGGGGUGUCCUGAUCCGGGCAGGAGCGUCUCGGGGGUCUUCUCUCCCCCACCAGGCAGGGCCAGCAGGGGCUCAUCAGAGGUCUGCGACCCCCAGAAUGCAGGGAGGGCAGCCGGCAGCAUCCCAGGGGCCCCCACAGGGCCCAGGUUGCUUGCAGGGCCCCUGGUCUGGCCAUCCUGGCCGGGGAGGAGGAGAGUUAGGGGGAGCUUGGGCAGAGGCAGCUGCUGAUCGGGGGCGUUUUGUGGCCUCCUGCCAGACGUGCAAGAAAAGGGCUGGGCACAGUUAACUGUUCUAAGUCACUAUUACCUGCAUCCAUGGCCGACCUGGUCGGCUGAGAUGUCAGCAAAUGGUGCUGACUCAGAGGGCACCCUCUGCAGAAGGGCGAAGGGGGCACCGAGACCCACGCCCCCUUUCCUUCCCAAACCACCACACGUGCCUGCAGUGGCAAAUGCCCUCCCCCCCCCCCCGGCCCUCAGCCCCGGGGCGCACUGUGGGAGGCUUGCCACCGUCCUCGAGGAAGUCAGGGUUUUAAGUUUGCACAUGGUGCUGGUGCAAAUCGGUGGCUCUUUCUUCAGCCAAGAGCAGCGGGGAGAAAGUGGUCACAGCACCAUCUCGCCUUUGGCUGCAAAGGAGACGGAAAGAGCUCUGCCUGGUUUUGUCUCCCCCCCCUUUCAACCCCCCCCUUUUGUUUUUCUGUUUUUGAAGAGCCGGCAGCUGCUCUCUACACCUUGGAAAACCUUGGGAGUCUGUUGAUUUGAUUCCCACUCUGGUGGUGAAAGGGAAGGGUUGCUUUUAAAAAAGAAAAAGGUCAAUUCUGUUUUAAAAAAGAUUAAUGUGCAUUUGUAAAAUGACUGAUUAAAAGCUUGCUUGCUGA